CUAAUUAGCCGCCGGACCGGAACCGGAAGCAAGAACGAGAAAACUCGAAAGACGGAGUCGGUGUUGCAUAUUUCUGGCGCCUGAAUGUUUUGGUGAGAAACAAAUAACCAAAGGAUAUUAAAACAUUCGCUGAUAUUUAUUUUUAUAUAUUUAUAUAUAUAUAUAUAUAUAUAUAUAUUUAUAUAUAUAUAUAAAUAUAAAUAUCUGCGCCAUGAAUCCAUCCAAUCCGUUCGGGGGUACACAAACUGGAGCUUUCCAAGCCCCUAGUAACGCGAUGAAGACCGGUUUGUUCCCGUCAUUUGGACAACAAAGUUCUGGCAGUCAGCCCCAAUCGGUGGGCUUUUUUCCUCCAUCGGCGUUUGGACAGCCACCCGUCUUAAGUCAGUCCUCAACUCAUGGAAGUACCGUCUUUGGACAGCCGGCUUCACAGCCUUCCUCGCUGCCUGCCAUAAGCCAGGCUCCGGCAUUUGGUCAGUCAUCGUUAGGAAUGAGUAGCACCGGUUUUGGUAAUAGCUCUGCAGCGGCGUUUGGACAGACUGGUGAAGCCGACCAGGGUUCAGGAUUCGUCCAGACCCCUUCCUUUGCACAGCCGUCGGCGUUUGGCCAGGCUCCGGGUUUCAGCCAGCAAGCCCCUGGAUUUGUCAAACAGCCACCGGGGUUUGGCCAGCUGCCCUCUGGGUUCGUAGCUUCCCAGAUGGCGUCUGUCCCCACUUUGGGGCAACCCCAGCCACUGAGUUUUGGACAGUCUGUGUUUGGACAGCCGUCAUCCACCAGUGUCCCCGCCAGUGUGUUCGGCACAGCUCCGAGUGUGACCCAGAGCAGUGGCUUCGGCUCAUCCAAUUACAGUUUCAAGCCAGCCAACGAGGCAGUGUUCAAGCCCAUCUUCAAUGUGAGUCCUGAGCCCGCUAACCCUCAAACUACUUCAAUGUCCAGCUCACCUUUUGGCGGCAGUGGGUCCCAGACGAGCUCCAGCAUCAUGAGUAGUAGCGGCACCACGGCCGCUGGCUUCUCUGGGGCCAAGUCUGGGCAUCUGGGCUUCAGCUUCUCACAGCCGGGCGCAGCCCCUUCUAUCUCUGCUCAGAUCAAUACGCUUACCAAUAGCGGCACUCCUUCCAACACGCUGCAGUUCACCUUUUCCCAGCCAGCAGCCCCCUCCAGCUCCAGCACCAAGGGAUCUACCGCCGAGCCCACCACCCCAUCGUCUUUCAGCUUUUCAGCCAACGUCCUCCAGCCCCAGGCGAAAACCCUUUUUGGAGGAGCCAAUGUUGGUCCUCCCCCAGCAUAUGGUGAAACCAAAGCUAAAGCAGAGACUGGUACAGAGGAGAAAGGGAGCACUCCCGAGGGCUUAGGAGGGACAAGUGUAUUUGCACGACUUGGUCAAGGCACAAAGCGAAAGGAAGAUCCAACGGUCCACAGCGCGGUCCCAGAGAAGCCUGCCACAGGGGGGGAGGAGGAGGAGGAGGAGGUUCCAGCAGAAGCAGAUGCACCAAGACAUCCUUCAAAGAGGCCCCUAAUGAGGUCCCGCUGCCCACCAGCAGGCUUAUUUGGGAGAGCAUUAAGUGGUCUUCGUAGAGAGGCCACAAAGGAGACUGAGCCGCAAGCGUCAAAGUGGGAGGAACCGGAGAGCAAAAACAUCCCAGAUCAGGGGGACGACGUACCUCCAACACCACCCACAGCACACCCACCGACCGGGGAAGGGCUGGAAAAAGCUGAACAGUCAGACUCAACACAAGCCCCGGCCUCGAAUCUCGGCGUCACAACCCCAGUGAGACGCAGGAAGAGCUCGGAGAGCCUGAGUGGCAUGUCUGCUGCCGACUGCACCGCCAUCCAGUGCAGGGAUGUGCCUCCAUCCCUCAACAGGAAGGACAUUAUCGAGAAGCACUUUGGUCGUUUCGGCAAAGUCUGUAAGGUCCUCUGUCGGCCUGCCAGGAACCUGGUCAUAGUGCACUUUAAUGACCAUGCGUCGGCAGCAAAGGCGAAAAAGAAAGGAAAACUUCUCCAGAGACACGAGCUUUUUCUGUCGUGGCAGAAAAAGAAGCAGAGUCCAGAGGACAAAGAGAGCAGAUCGGCAUCAGAAAAGGACGAGGGAGAAAGUCAAGAGGACACAGGGUCCAAGUCUGUUUCCUCCCCACUCAGAAAACCCGCACUCAGCAGUUUGAUGGACUUCAGUCGCAGUUCUCCGGUAAAGAAGUCGCCAAUAGCAAAGUCUCUGCAGUUUGACACGGAACCCCAGAGCUCGGAGCGCCCGGUCGCCUCCUCCCUCCUCCACCUCCUCGGCCUGAAUGCUGAGACCGCCGAGGACAAGUUCCGCCUCCUGGAGCAGAGGGACAAGAUCCUGCGUCAAGGUCGGCCCAAGAGGACGGACCUGGACCUGUCUAAGGUGUUUGUGGGCACGUGUCCUGACAUGUGUCCAGAGAAGGAGAGGUACAUGAGGGAAACGAGGAAACAGCUGAGCGUUUUCGAGGUCAUCCCAGAUACCGAGAUGGUGGAUCACAAAGUGGCCGUAAAGGAAUACAGUCGCUCAUCAGCGGACCAGGAAGAGCCCCUGCCCCAUGAGUUGCGCCCCCUGCCUGUGCUCGGCAUGACCAUGGACUAUCUGGUGACUCAGAUCAUGGACCAGGGCCAUUUCAACUACCGGGACUGGUAUGACUUGGUCUGGAACAGGACCCGCGCCAUCCGUAAGGACAUCACCCAGCAGCACCUGUGCUGCCCUCACACGGUGUCGCUGAUUGAGAAGUGCACGCGCUUCCACGUGCACUGCGCCCACCACCUCUGCGAGGAGCGCUUGUCAACCUUUGAUGCCAAGAUCAACAACGAGAACAUGACAAAGUGCCUCCAGAGUCUUAAAGAAAUGUACCAGGACCUGGCCAUGCGUCAAAUCUACUGCCCCCUGGAGGCAGAGUUUCGCCAGUACAGCGUGCUGCUGAAACUCGACGACGGUGACAUCCUACGUGAAGUUCAGCAAUUCCGCGAUGAGGUGCGUAAUUCCCCUGAGGUGAAGUUGGCCGUGCAGGCGUUCGCUGCAGUCAACAACAACAACUUUGUGCGCUUCUUCAAGCUGGUCAAAGGAGCCUCCUACCUCGCCAGCUGCCUCCUGCACCGAUACUUCAAUCAGGUUAGAGCUAAAGCCUUGAGUAUCUUGAACAUAGCCCACACUGUGGGUCCAAGAUCGACUGCGUUUCCGGUGGAGGACAUUGUUCGGAUGUUGAUGUUCCGCAGCACUGAAGAGGCUUCUGACUUCAUCCAGCAGUACGGCCUCAAUGUGAACGAUGGUGUGGUCGAGCUGAGUCGGAUAGCCCAUCAGGAGCCAGAUCUGCCUCUGGCCCAGAAGAAGUCCGAUGUCAUCCUCGCAAAGAAAACCGUGUUGUUUGGAGAGGUGGUGAAUGGAGGCCCCCUCCCCAACCCCCUCCACCACACCCCUGUCUGCAGCUUUGACUCCCAGAACCGGUACCGCGGUGAGGGCCCUCUGACUGAGGCCACUCCAAGCCAAUUUAAAGCUUUUGCUGCCAAGGCGGAAGUUAAGGUACCGCAGGUGGUUCCAGACAUGCCCGCUGGGUUCGGGUUGCCUCCUGCCGUUACUGGUGAGACGGGGGAGCCCAGGGACCUGUUUGGCAGCCCGGCAGACGCCCCGCAGCUGUUCCAGCCGAUACCUCAGCCGGUCAGACCGCCGUCACCUCCACCCAAACCUCAGCCGGUGUACAGCAAUGAGGACAUCAUGGCUGAACUAGACGGUGUGAUUGAGGAGGUGGUUGGAGCAGCAGUGAGGGAGGUGGCAGCUGCCGGUGCGAGCUACGCCACAACAGCGCUUACGGAGAGCGGCGUGCAUGUGGAGUCACUGGUGAGCGAGGUGUUGGGACAGAUGCUGCAAAAGAUGUCCUCCGCCGAGAUCAAGCUGGAACGGGAGCGCGUCGCCGACGAGAAACACAAGCUUGAAGAAGCCAGGAGGAGGCAGGAGCACGAGGUCCUCCUGGUGCAGUUCAGCUUCUCUCUCUGCAGAGACCUCAUCUACGAAGUUUUAGAUGAGAGCGUCAAGGAGACCGCCACCUCUGAGAUCCAGCAGGCAUUGAAAGAGAAAGCCACCUGUGUAGCUAAAUGCACCGAGCAGGUCUGCACCGGUCUCGUUGAGGAGACUUUGAAUGAAGACAUUGCUCUGCUGGUUGAAGACCUCCUUGAAGAUGAGCUGCAACGCAUCCUCAAGUAUAUCAAAAGGUGGCGAGAUGUGGUGGCGGUGCGUCGGCAGCUGAAGAGGCAGAUGAGAGGUUUCCCUGCCGCUCCUUGCUGCGUGGACCCUCGAUUCAAACUACAGGCUCUGGCUCCCAGCGCCCCCGCACAGCCCUCCAUGGCAGAUCUGGCCCGUGGUCUGGUGAACCUGGGAAACGCCGGCACCCUGGCCCUCUCCAGCACCAGAUCGCUGAAAAUGAGAGAAGAAGCAAUCCACCAGAUGAGAGUCCACUACUACUAUCAGCAGCUGCUCGACGAGAGAGUGUGGGAGCCACUCGACCUGCCAGCUCUGGUGACAGAAAACAUCUCCGACCCACCGGACCGGAUAUUCUGGAAAGCUGUCCUCCUCCUGCCGAGCGACCACGAGAGCGUAGCCAGCUUGGCAGACAGGAUCCUGUCCGACUGGCUGGAGGUGAAGCUCGGUGGCAUCCAAGGGUCAGAGGUCAGGCAGGAGCAGCUAGAUGGCACACUGCAGACCCUCUGUGUCACCAACACACUGCGGGAUGAAGGACAACGCACUCACAGAGUCCACAUCAGCGUCAAGGCGUCCCGAGGCCCUCUCACCGAAGACAGCCUGUCCACAACGGAGGAGUGCGGUGAGCUCCAGGGGACGGCGGCUCUGAUCGUGUUGCUUCCCGCCGCGUCCACCGUGGAGCAGCCCGGGCCCGACGAGCAGGACGUCCCUCUGCUGUCGGCCCUGCUUCAGCUCAAACAGCUGCAGCAGGCCAGCGCCUGGCACUGCCCGCUGCCGCUGGCCGUUCUGGUGCCAGGGCCCGAGUGUGGCUCCGGAGAUACACAGAAACUAGAAGACGUCCUGAUGCUGCACACGCUGGUCCAGGAGGGUCUGAUAUCGGAGUACACAUUCUUCUUCAUACCAGAGACCACAAGUGACCUACAGGGAUCCAAACGGCUGAGCCAGGCUACACGUUGGCUGCUGGCCCGGGCUCCACCGCCCCUCCCGCUCUCCUGUCAGACCCUGGUGCAGCUCGUCGAGGCCGGUCUGAGUCGUGAGUUCAGCCCCAGAGUUCACGCUCACCGCCGGGACCGGGUCGAGGCGCGUCUUCCUCCCCAGGACCCCGUGCCCGUCAUCCAGCUGUACAACGCCGUCGUGGCUCACAUCGCCGACGAAGCGUCGUCCCAGGAUCUCGGCCGACUCUCUUGGCCGCCGGGAGAGUUCUGCUUGCAUGAUAACCGCGACGUCGUCCCUCAUCUGGGCUGGAACUCUGCCAAGCACCUGGACUGGUUACGCGAAGUCAUCCUCAACCUGCAGCUGCCGCAGUGGGAGCAGCCAUCCGAGACAGACUCGUGGUCUGCGCUCUGCUCCUCCAUCUUUCUCUACGCGGUCCAGAUCCCGGUCUCCCAAAGCAGUCAGCCCGUCCUCAUGUCACGACUGGAAAACCUUCUAAACAGGGUCAGUCCCAGGGGCCACCGCACCCGAGCCCCCGCGUCCAAGGUAACCAGGAGCCACUGGGACGACGGGCACGCGCGUCCGGCCUUCGGUCGGAUUCCUUGGGACGACGUGCUGGUGAUCUGCAUAGACCACAAACUGAAAGACUGGCAGAUCCCCGGACCCCCGGUCUGUGAAGAUGCCGUGACGGACGAUGGGGAGAUCCUGGUUUACCUCCACACUGAGUCAUUAAAGGGUUUCCAGCCACCGGAGGAAUGGACCCAGGCCCUCAGACAAACACACCGAGAGAAGCAGCAAGAGACAGAAGGUGCGGGUGCAGCUGCCUGUGCCACGCCCAGCAGCCUGUCCCUCAGACAGAGGCUGUUCGACAGUCUGGUCGAGCCCGCCGAGGCCCCGCUGGACAUCACGCACACUCCCACAGCGCAAGAGCUCCUGUCCCACAAACUCCUCAAGAGCUUGGAGGAGGAGAAGGCUGAAAGCCAAAGGUUCGCGGAGCAGCUUCAGCGUUGGCUGGACCGUGAACCCUUGGACCACUUGUCCACUCCGCUUUUCAUUCCCUCCUCAACUCUGUUGUCGAUGCCCACAACCGUAACGCACGCAUCCACAGCUGCUGUCGCACAGCAGCCGGAGCAGGACAGAGCAGAGCGCCCUCAAGCCACGCCUGUAUCUAAGGCGUGGCGCCUGAAGGAACUGGAGCGACAGAUGUCGGCGAGUCGUGAGGAAGGAUUGGCGUGCACACUGAAGCUGAGUAGUCUGCUGAGCAUCGUCGAUGAUUGAGGAACUUGUGAUACAAGGACCGCCGCUCUCCAAAUUUAAAUACAUAUUUUAAAACUAAGCUCCUGCUUAGAGACUGACAUUAAAUGUGCUGAGCUCAUACACACGGCAUACUAUUUUGUCUGUACAGUGUCUACCUUGUUGUUUUUUUAGCAUAAACUCUUGUUUAAAUCUCUGGGGAGGCUCUUCUUCUGUCUUUACUGCGUCUCCUGUGUGGUUUGAACCAGUUUUUGUAUCGUUGAGUAAUGAACUCAUCAAACAGCUGAAUAAAAGUGUAUUUUUACAAGUAAA